AUGGCAAUGUUACACAGCAGUGAAUGGUGGUGGAAUGACUCGGAGCGAUCUGCCAGUGUAAUGUUGAACACCAGCCUGGGGCCAGCUGUGGAGGACGGGGUGCGCAACUACUAUGCCAUGCUCUAUUCACUACUUAUCCUGGCAAUUGUAUUCGGGAAUGUGCUGGUGUGCUUGGCAGUGGUCCGAGAGAAGUCGCUUCAAACCACAACCAAUUACCUUGUGGUUAGUCUGGCUGUGGCUGAUCUGCUGGUGGCUUCGCUGGUCAUGCCUUGGGUUGUCUAUUUAGAGGUGGUUGGUGGCUCUUGGCUCUUUAGCCGUUUGUACUGCAAUAUAUUUGUGACGUUGGACGUGAUGAUGUGUACAGCCAGCAUCCUCAACCUGUGUGCCAUCAGCAUCGACAGGUACACAGCCGUGGUGAUGCCUGUACUCUACAACACAACUGACAGUUCACGUAAAAGAGUGUCAGUUAUGAUAGCCACAGUGUGGAUCCUGGCCUUCGCUGUCUCCUGCCCUUUACUAUUUGGGUUCAACACCACAGACGAUCCACUGGUGUGCUCCAUAUCGAACCCUGAUUUUGUCAUCUACUCGUCUGUAGUGUCGUUCUAUCUUCCAUUUGUGGUGACGUUGCUCGUUUACGUGCGCAUCUACAUCUUCCUCAGGAGGAGGAGGAAGAGGAUAACUUUCCGGCAAACCAGCAGUGAAGCUCCGCUCGGAGCCACGCUGCCAUCUGCAGAGACCUGUUUGCAAGAGGACGCUCGAAAAGACAGACGCGACCUGUCUCCAAUCAGGAUCAACGUGGUAAAUGACACUACAGAGAAGGUAGUUCGUCCCAGGCUGCUCUCAGGAUGUCUACGGCGUAAACGAUCGAAGACCGUCCCUGUUGAUAACUCUCUCCUUCCCCCGGUGGACACGCCAAACUAUUGCAGCAUCAGCAAGGCCUCCUUCGCAUGUACUGAACGCGAGCCCAAACGUGAGAAAGAAGCGGGACAAGAAGAAGAGCAAGCGAUUACAAGGAGUAGUGAGGUGAAGGAGCUAUCUAACGGACGCCCUCGCACUACAGUUCAGCCUGUUCGAGUCUCACGGAGCAACAACCACAGCCGCUACAGGAACCGACAGUCCAGAGAGAAGAAAGCCACACAGAUGCUGGCUAUUGUACUGGGCGUCUUUCUCAUCUGCUGGUUGCCCUUCUUUGUGACUCACAUCUUGAACACUCACUGUCGGAAGUGCCACGUGCCACCUGAGCUGUACAGCGCCUUUACCUGGCUUGGCUACGUCAACAGCGCCCUCAAUCCGGUCAUUUACACCACUUUCAACAUCGAGUUUCGGCGAGCCUUCAUCAAAAUCCUGACCUGCUGA